AUGGAUUGUGGGGACAACGUUGGGAACGAAUCCCUCCUUCUCAUUAAGCAAGGAGCCGAAGCUAGGGUUUUCGAGUCUACAUUUGCCGGAAGAAGAUCCAUUGUGAAAGAACGAUUCUCGAAGAAAUACAGACACCCGAUUUUGGAUUCGAAACUCACACUCAAACGCUUGAAUGCUGAGGCUCGGUGUAUGACAAAGGCAAGAAAGCUUGGGGUUUGUACUCCAGUCCUCUAUGCCGUGGACACUCUGCUUCACACCUUGACACUUGAGUACGUCGAGGGAGUCUCUGUUAAAGACGUUUUCCUUGAGUUUGGGGCCAAUGGGAUCGACGAGGAACGGUUGGAUGAUGUUGCUGCCCAGAUUGGAGUGGCCAUCGCUAAGCUCCAUGACGGUGGCUUGGCUCACGGUGACUUAACCACAUCAAACAUGCUAGUCAGGAGCGGAACAAAUCAGUUGGUAUUGAUUGAUUUCGGAUUGAGUUUCACAUCGACCUUGCCUGAAGACAAGGCUGUUGAUUUAUAUGUGCUUGAAAGAGCUUUGCUCUCAAUGCAUUCUUCAUGUGGGAAUGUGAUGCAUCGUAUACUGACAGCGUAUAGGAAGUCCUCAAAGCAAUGGUCAGCCACAUUUAACAAGCUCGCGCAAGUGAGACAACGAGGGCGAAAGCGGACUAUGAUUGGAUGA